CUCACCUCAGAAGCCAGCAAUUGAACCGAGCCCACGCGGAGAGACACACACAGAGUACUCCGUACACACUCACUCGACCGCUUUCACAUUGAAACAUGUGCCGCCGGUACCCUGGUCGAGGACCCUCUUUCACGAGCAACGUCGGCCGUUGUUGUCGCUGCUGCUGCUGCCGCUGCUACCGCUCCUCUUCCCAUCGUAGUCUUCUUUGACAGCUCUUGCUCGACUCUCAACUACUCCUCUCCGCCAUAUCCUUCGCGAAACAUAUCGUCAUUCAUUCCAGGCACUCGGCUGUCCAUCAUCUUCGGCUUCUAGCUCCUCGUACCACCACGUACAACCAUUCCCCAAACGUGUACGAUCCAAAACAGCCGGAACCUCUCCGGCCUUCUAUUUCGAACCAAGUCCAACUUCGGGUGGCGGUCCGUGGUGUUGAGCCGUCCGUCGCUGCACCUUUUCGCCCGCCCUGCUCGCCAAGCGCUUCUCUGAGGUGCCUGGGACGCAUUGCCAUGGCCUUUUAGCCCUGGAGCCAUCACAUUACUCGCGCUGCGCCGUCCCGUCGACGACUUCAACGCCAUCCAUUGUACACCCCAGCCACAACCUCGUGGUCUCGCGCUGCUCGCUUGGUCAGCCGCGCCUCCGGCUGUCCUUGGUGCCCAGAUUCCUAUGACCUUGCGACGGAAUCUGCAACCUACUGCUCCUUCUUUCUCCUACUUCGUCUACUGCUCUGGUGUUCAUCAUAGCAUACACCAGUCGCCAUGAUAGACCACGUCCUGGGACGGCCGUCGGUCAAGUCGCGCCGCCUUCAGGUCCUGGCGGUGCUGGCUUUCUGGUCGGCAUACAUCUUUAGAGGACACCCCCACGGCCCUCCCGUCAUCCGCUUCUUCUCCAAGCUCACGACGAAACGCCUCACGACAUGGCAGACCGUCGUGGUCACCAUGAUCUACCUCUACGCUGCCCGACACUUUAGCACUCUGGUCGGCCUCGCGAGUCCCGAACCCAUGUCCAACAUGUACGACGCCACCUACUUCCGCGCAACAUGGAUCUUGACUGCUCUGGAUGCUGGUUUUUGGACCGCCAUGAAGAUCCGCGCAAAGUGGCUUCGCGACCUGGCCAGCAUCGUCUUCUCCGUAUUCUACAUGUUUGCCGCCGAGAAGGCCGAUGAAAAGGUGCGCAAGGUGCGCGGCAUGUUGACAGUCGAGCAUCUGCGCGUGUCCUGGGACAAAGGAACGACGCCGUACCUGAAAUUCUUCCAGGGCCUCAUGAGGCCUCGCUUCUCCCGCUGGCCCCCGCGUGCAAUCCGCAUUCCCCGACCUUCUGGGAGUGAUUAUAAGGAGCCUGUAUCGGCCUGGCUCUACUUUGAUGGCCCAUUGACGGACCUCGUGCGACACAGCAGAAUCAUUCUGGAUAUCCCUGGUGGUGGAUUUGUCGCCAUGGACCCUCGGUGCAACGAUGAUAAGCUAUUCGCAUGGGCGUCCAAGACUGGCAUGCCAGUUCUUAGCUUGGAUUACAAAAAAGCUCCCGAAUUCCCGUACCCAUUUGCCCUGAACGAGUGCUUCGACGUCUACACGACACUUAUUCGCAGCAAGGGAAGAUGCAUCGGCAUGUCUGGAAGAGAGACACCCCGAAUUGUGCUUACAGGUGACAGCGCUGGCGGUAACUUGGCCACGGCAACGACUCUCAUGAUUGUCGAGAGAACAUCAGUGCCGAUGCGUCGCUACUCGAGCACAGGAGAUCUGCCAUUGCCCGACGGAUUGGUCUUGUUCUAUCCAGCCCUCGAUAUGAACAUCGGCAACUGGAUGUCGGACGAGCAGAUGUCAUUGAUGAAGGACAGGAGGCUGAGAAGCACGAACAAGUCGAUCAUCAGGCGAAAGAGCAUGCAGUACAACGACCUCGUCGGCACACCUCAUCACAGUGAUGACGAGGAGGACUCUAACAAGCAGUCGACGGAGCUGACGGCCAAGGAGGUCCAGAUCGCCUCACAACAAGCCCUCGCUAGUCCCCAUCCCGAGUUUUCGCAUGGCGGUCCACAAAGUAUGUCCAACGCGGGAUCCUCUGCCCCGGAUAUCAAGCGUCAGCAGAGCGCAUCCCAUCACUCCGAGCCACUUCGAACCCGCCUCGCCAUGUCGUCCAUGAUCUCAUACUUCAACGAUCGCGUGCUCACGCCCGAGAUGAUGCGCGCCAUGAUCAUUCUCUACAUCGGUCCCCACAACCGACCCGACUUUAGCAAGGACUACCUCCUCUCUCCCGUCCUUACCCCCGACUCGCUCCUCGCGCGCUUCCCCAAGGUCUACUUUCUGACCGGCGAGCGAGACCCUUUGGUUGACGACACCGUCAUCUUCUCAGCCCGCCUACGCAAGGUGAAGGAGUCCAUGUUCGACCAGGCCCAAUCCGAGCGCUCCGACCUCGGCGAUGGACUCGAGCCCGUCUUCAAUCCCAAGGACGUUGCCGAGGUGAUGCUGAUCCCCGGCAUCUCCCACGGUUUCCUUCAGUUCCCGACCGUGUACCCACCAGCAUGGAAGCACUUUGAGAGGUCAGCGGAAUGGAUCACAGAGAUCUUUGCCUCCGCCGACGCCGUGCGGGAGCGAGAGAGUCGCGGUCGCAGACGUGUCGGCGGCGGGCCGAUAACCAACGGCAACAGCGAAGGCCGGCACCACAACCGCGUCGAGUCGAGCGGAGACGAGGACAGGCCAUUAGAGAUAAGCAUGACGAGGGCGAACCGUAAGAAUACCCUGACCAAGGAGCCGCAGGCCAUGGACGAGAGCGAGUCCAUUGUACCCGAUGCGGGCGGCAAGAAGAAGAAUGGCCGCGCACGGGGCGCGAGUAAGAGUGCGGGCGCGAGCGCGAGCCUCGUGAAGCUGAAAAGUACAGAUGACUUAUUGGGGAGGAGAAUGCAGGGUCUUGCAGGGGGGUUGACUGGCGUCGGGAGGGGACAGGAAUGAAGCGGGUAAACGACCUGAAAGUAUUCUUGUACGAUGGAGGCGCACAGUAUCUAUCACGAAUUCGAAUCACGGGGGUAGCCUCUUAUGGGAAUCAGUUCUUUCGCUGGGCGGCUAUAGAUGUUUUGUAGAUUGGAUUCGCCAACGAAGCUGUACACAUACGUCGGGUAGCACCAAGUUUUAUAG